AUGAACGCACAAAUAACCUUCCUGGAUGGAACCCUGAGUCUAAUCCACAUCCCCCUCCCCCUCUACUCAACCUUCCUCCAACCCAUCCUCCAAAUCCUCCUCCCACCAAGCCAACCAUUACCAUCACCACCGGGAAGGGAUUCCUCAACAACAACCAUCCACCACCACCAAGAUGAAACAACCUUCCUAAACAUCUCCAUCACCCCCCUCGAAUGCUCCAUCGUCUGCCCCUCCUCCUGGGCCUCCACCGUCUUCGAGCCCGCCAUCGCGCGCCUACCCAAGGACCAGGCAAAAACCAUCUCCAUCUCCAAGGAUGCUUACGCCGUUUUUUCAGUCAUCAGCGCGGGCAUGGACGCCGGCUCGCGCGUUGUCGACUUGACUUGCCCGCUUGCCUUGGCGGGGAUCCCGAUUUUUUUCAUCACGACGUAUUACUCGGAUUUCCUCCUGGUGCCGACGAAGGAUCGGAGAGCGGUGGUGGAGACGUUGAGGGCCAAGGGCGGGUUUGUGUUUGUUGAGGAGGAUGGUGGGCUCGAGGGAGGAGGGGAGAAUGGGUUCGAUGGGUAUGGUGGGUCCAGGAGGGGCUCGGUGACUAUGACGGCUGGUGGCUAUCAUACCAGGGGAUCAAGUGGAAGUGGCGGGCUUAGUGGAAUGUUGAGCCCGAUGAUGCCGACUACGCCGCCGCCUUCGGAUGCGGGCGAGUUGCAGCUCAAAACGUUUGAGACGCUCAAGAGGCGGAACGUGGUGCCGUUUGUGGAACCGGGACUGAGGCUGGUGCAUUGCUCGGGGAGGGAGAAGACGAGUAUCCACGGCGGCGGCGGAGGCGAGGGUGGACGUGGCCAUGGACAUAGUACGGGUUAUGGCGGCGAGGAUGGUGGUGGUGGUGACGCAAACGGCGGCGGUAACUACCCGCGCAGGAGGAGAAACAGCUGGAUCGACACGGUCGACACCAAGCUGUACACGAGCAUCAUCUCGGCGCUGGUGUCGCAACCGCGGUUCCUGUCCGUGACCCUGGCGCAGGAUGACCCCCCUUCGCUGCUGCUGGACAAGGCGCUGGUGGACCUGUUUGGCGACUCGCUGGUGGGACCGACGGAGGGCACGCUGGUGCCCAUCUUUCUCGACCUGGUCAACUUGCCGUUCGAGGCAACGGGCAUCGUUUCGGGGGUUGCCGGGAGGUUGGUCAAGGACAUGUCCAUGGAGGAGAGCGCGGAGCUGUCGUAUUUGUCGACGGCGAGGGCCGGCGCGGUGAUCUUGUCUUGUGAGCAGGCUGUGACGGCUCUGGGAAUCUUGGAGCCAUUGCUCAAAAAGCAGGGGUGA